AUGACGUAUCAAAUGCCCAUGGAGACCCAGCAGGAGCUACGACAAUUGCCGGGAAAUAACCGCUGCGUGGAUUGUGAUGCCCCGUACCCUCAAUGGGCAACCGUUUCAUACGGCACCUUUAUGUGUCUCGAGUGCUCUGGUCGUCAUCGUGGAUUGGGUGUUCACAUCUCGUUUGUGAGGUCUGUCACCAUGGACUCAUGGACGGAUAAACAGGUGAUGCAGAUGCAAAAUGGAGGAAACGAUUCAUUCCGUGCGGCAUUCUCUGCUGCUGGAGUCCCUAAAGACCUCUCUAUUGGUGAAAAGUACAACACGCCACAGGCGGAGGCCUAUCGCCAACGUUUGACGGCAAUUGUCGAAGGUCGGGCUUCACAGUCGCUGCCUCCAUGGGACUCGAGCAUGAACAAGCCGUUUUCUUCCUCUUUCUCAUCCGCUUCAUAUUCGGGUGGAGGCUCAGCUGGAGGAGAUACGCGUGGCGUUGAAGCGCUCAAAGGUGAGUCGGAGCAGGAUUACGUUGCUCGUCAGAUGAAACUGCGUGAAGAGGCUCGUGCCCGCAUGGCUGCCAAGUUUGGUAGUAAUGGUAUGCAGGGCAUUGGAAGUGGUGGAGAAACGCGGGCACGCCAGGCUUCGUCUGGUGGCCUAGGCGACCUCUCGGGUGCCUUUAGCUUCAUUACAAGUACAGUCACGACGGCCGCUAGCUCGGCUGCCAGCCUCGUGAAAGACCAAGACUUAGGAUCCAAGGUAUCGUCGGGCUGGUCUUACGUGCAGAACGCAAUGCAGGAUCCGGCACUUUCAAAUAAUGUCAAGUCUUCUGCCACAUCUGGCUGGUCAGUGCUUUCCAGUGGCGCGUCGGCGCUUUUACAGACCGCCCAGACUGCAGUGAAUGGAAAUGGCAGUGCGAAUGACAACUUAGCUGGUAUGAGUAGCGCCUUCCCUCGCACCAACGAUGAGUUGCCUACCUCCAGCAAGUAUGCAGGUAUUGGCAGUGGUAACAGUAGCACAAGCCGUGAUCACAACAACGACUCGUGGUUGGACUCGCAGCUCAGCAACAGUGGUAGUAGCAACUCCAAUCCCAACAGUGGCAGUUUCUACACACCGCCGCAGCAGCCUAAGCCAGCUCCGACGUCUGACUUGUUUGGGUCUUCGUCGUCCAGUACAAAUGGCAGCAAUUACGAUCUGCUUGGGCUCUCUUCUUCGUCUGUAGCUUCUGCUACGAAUAGCAAUGGUUCAGCUGCUGUCGCUGCGGCACCGUCUUCAGCUCCUCUCGUAAAAGAGACGAAGCCCGCGAAAGAUGUCGACUUUUUCGGUGAGUUUGGUUUCUAG